GCGACAACAGGCACGAAAUUUAUCAGUCGCCGUGUUGUAUUURUCGCCGACAGAAAAAACGGAAUAUUUUAUCACCGUUGAACACAACAUUCAUACAGAAUGAUCGCCAAGGUGUUCAUCGUGGUCGCUGUCGCGUCCGUCGCCGCCGCCCAGUACGCAGGUUACAACACUCCGGAGCCCAAGUACGCGCCGAUCCCAUACAGCUUCGAGUACAGCGUAAACGACCCACACACCUACGACGUGAAAAGGCAACAAGAAUCGAGCGACGGAAACGGUAACGUAAAAGGCUACUACAGCCUCUUGGAAGCCGACGGUUCCAUCCGUACCGUCGAGUACACCGCCGACGACUACAACGGUUUCAACGCCGUCGUCAAAAACUCAGCCCCCGCAGCAGCUGUCUACAAACCGACUUACACCAAGCCCGCAUACUCUGGCUACAAACCAGCUUACUAAUCGUGUUUUUCCUAGGUCACAAACACUGCAGUGAAAACUCUUUCUGACGAAACUUUUUACAACGAAAUACGACGUAAACAUUACAUGAUAUUGGUCGGUCCAUCUGCCGUUAUGCCCACUCUCUAUCACGAAAACUCUUGAAAGGAGUCUCUGCGUCCCAUCAGUUGUAAAGAGGUCUCACUGCAUUGAAAACUAAUACUUUGUCUUCUUCGUCUCACCGUCUUUUUUCGCGUAUUCGUCACCCUAUUGAGGCCAUCGCGAUCAUAUUUUUUGUGAACGUUAUCCCAUCACCCCAUAGGCAUAAUAUUAUUAUGUAUACUAUCGAUAUAUAUAUAGGCACAUGACAGCGGGUAAGAUCAGUGUUGGCUACAGAGCAUCGGUAUGGAGCUCUGAUGACAUAACAAAAAUAACCAUCACUAUUGAUCAAUACCUAUUAAUAAUAUAUUUAUAAUUAUAUUGUCGUGUUCCGUCUUAUACGAUGUAUAUAUAUACAAAUUGUCUUUUGUUCGUAAAACACAAAUCCUCAUAUUCUCAUUUGUUUAUCAUUCGUUUAUAAAAUUGUUCAUUCAUCAUAUUGUUAUGUACAUAAUAUUAUAUUAUAGUUGUUAACCAAUGUA